GCAGAAAUCAAAUUACAAAAUACUCUCAUAAGGAAAUUGUGUGCAGUGUGGAAUGUAUGAGCCAAUACUUUGAAUUGAGCAUUUUUCACUCUUCGGCUAACUCAUCAAUACAGUAAUACCACUUUCUGAAAGUAGGUGACAGACCUUGAACAUGGUUCCAUCCGAUGUUUGUCCGACGGAGGAUGCAGUUAAGACAUUUAUAGAGCACUUGGUAGACCCAUUGCUGCCAGCAAAGUCUUCUGUUCAGGAUUCCCCAUCACCAUCUCAACAGAAGUUAGUAGCAAGACAGGUGCGAUCGGUUGUCUUACUUUACAAUUACUACCAAAGGAAACGACAUCCAGAACUUGAAUAUCUUCCAUUAAAUGAAUUUUCCAAGUUGGUUGUGGUUUUGAGGCCAGCUUUAUUAGCAUAUAUGCAAUUCAUGCAAAAUUCACAUGAAGAAGAGCUCACCGACGUGGAGAAGCAGUUAUCAUUGACAGAAAAGAUGAUUAUGGAAGCGUGUGAUGUAUCUAAAUCUUUAGAUGCAUCAAAGAAUGUUCCUAAUAUAGAGGGAUGGCCCAUUACAAAAGUAGCUAUCCUUUUAAUUGACAGUAAGAAGGAAAAAUGUUUUUUGCUGUUUGGUUCCAUUACCAGUGGGGUAUGGUCUCUGGUAGAAAAAAGUCUGGACACCUCCAGCCAAAGUUCUCUGAUUUCAAAAGGUCUGGACACCUCCAGCCAAAGUUCUCUGGGGUCAAAAGGUCUGGUUACCUCCAAUCAAAGUUCUGAAGUUACACCGGGAACAAAACAAUAUAAAAAGAAAAGAGUCCUUAAAAAAUCUUCAAAGGAUGAAUUAAAAGUCAACGAAGAUGUGUUUCUGCAACUUGGGCAUUCUGCUAUAAAGGAAGCCACAGGUAUCAAUAAUACUGAUAUUUUUCUUUUGGAGAGUGGCACUAUCUAUUCUGAGAGUAAAGAGAAGGAAGCUUCUCGGUUUUAUAUAAUGCAGUGCUCCAAGACUAUCAAUGAAGAAGUUUUUGAAGUUCCUCUCCAAGAUUUAAUUAAAAGCUUGCAGGGACCUUUGGUCACUAAGAGUUCUGGAAGUUGGAUGAUCACUCCUGUAAUGGACUACUUCCACGUGCUUCCAUGCUAUGAAAUAAUAUCAAAGUGGAUAUCCAGAGAAGCAUUCUCAAAUACUUUGCAAGAUACAAGGGUAACAGAGAAAAAUAUAAAGGUGGACACCCCUGAAGUAACAGAAUUGUAUGUAAAUGAGGACAUGUUUACUGCUCAUGAUAGUAAGCCAAACAAUGAUAAUAUUGAUUCACCAAAGCAGAAAGAGAACACUGGAAGUUGCACACUAGCAUUAUCUGAUUCUAUAUAUGAGCCCAUGGCAAUGAUCAUGAAUGAAAAUUCGAUUUUAAAAUCAAAGAUCAAAGAAAAGUGUCAGUAUAUUAUUGACAAUGCUGUACAAGUAGAUGAAGAUCUUGAAAGAAAUAAUCCAUCUGUGAAGUAUAAUUCUAACGGCUCUGCAAGUACUGUCAAGGCUUUAAAUGUUGAUUCAACAAAUAUGCUCGUUACUGAAGGUGGAACCAGCAAUCUUGCUUCUUUGCACAAUAGUUAUACCAAUAGGCCUGUAGAUGGCCGUAUUCAGAUUGCAAAUCAUUCUGAGUCAGAUCAAGAGGAGCUCAAAGUUCUUUCAGAUUCGAAAAAGAUAUUGACUCAAACUGCCCUAGCUUCUUUGAUACGAAGGAGGAAUGAAUUGGCCCUUCAGCAGCGCAAGAUAGAGGACGAGAUUGCUGUUUGUGAUGCAAAUAUCGAGAAAAUGUUAAGUGGUGUGUUUUCCUUUCAGUGUCCUGCGUUUUUCUUCUCUGGUAUCUUCAGUAUGACCCCCUACUCCUGUGACGGGGAAGAUAACUUUAGAUUAAAGAUUGAAUCAAUUAUAGAAGGCUGCAAUGGUACAUGGCUCUCGAAUCAAGAAAGGGCGUUUGGACAACAAAUCCAACCUCUUAAGAGGAAAAAAUUGUCAGAGGCUGUCUUUAUCACACAAAGUUCAUGCCAGGAACUAGAUGAUAUAUGUCGCACAAACAAUUGGGUCCUGCCAACUUAUCAUCUAUCUCAAUCAGAGGGUGGAUUCAAAGCCAAUGUAACUGUUAAAGGAGUGGAGUUUCAGUGUUCCUUUGAAGGUAAAAUGGGUUCCAGUCCUUCUGAAGCAAGAGAAUCAGCUGCAGUUCAGAUGUUAACUAACUUGAGAAGUAUAGCAAAAUUAGAAGAGUGAUAUUGGAAGAUUAGAAAUGAUCUGUUUCCCUUUUGGUUACUAGUCUUCUUUAGAAUUACAUCAAUCUGGCAAAAUAUCAUGUCAGUCUUCGAUCAUUUUUACUGAAUUCCGUUAAAAUGACUUCAUUUUCUAAUCUCUUCAGUUCUGGGAUCUUGCAUUUAACACAAAUGAUAUUGAUAUGUGAUUAAUUCUGGUCAA